UGUUUAUGAGACGUUAUGUUGCUCGUUAAAGUCAUCAACUCGAUGAUAUGGGUUUUAUUAAUUCCAAGUUCGACGUUUUCUACAAAGAUGGUGUUUAAUAGACGAUUCGGUCAUAGUUCAAAAGAUUUACUUCCAAGCUUCGAUGGCAAAGAAGAAGAAGUACCACCUGAUCAGUAUUUUGAACAGAAGUUGGAUCAUUUCAAUCUAAGCAAUGGAGAAACUUGGCAACAGCGUUACUGGGUCAACUGGAAACACUAUACGCCAACGGGUCCGGCAUUCCUCAUUAUAGAAGGUGAAAAUUGGGCAUAUGCUGAGGAAGUUAUUUAUAGCCAAUGGGUACCGUAUGCAGAAACCUUCAACGGUGUUAUUUUCUCUUUGGAGCAUCGUUUUUAUGGAAAAAGCGUGCCCAAAAAUGAUACCAGCACCGAGAAUUUGGUUUAUUUGAGCAGCCAACAAGCAUUAGCAGACAUAGCCAACUUCAUACAAGGAAUAACCAAGCAGUACUAUUUGUCUGAUGAUAUCAAGUGGAUUGUAUUUGGAUGUUCGUAUCCUGGGAAUUUAGCUACGUGGGUUCGUAUGAAGUAUCCUUCUCUCGUAUAUGGUGCGGUUGCAACGAGCGCCCCAAUACUGGCCCAAAAGGACUUCGGAGAAUAUUAUGAAGUUGUCAAAGCAUCCUUGGACUCAUACCAUCCAAAUUGUUCCAGUAGAAUUGCCGAGGCUACUCAACAGUUGGAUCGUUUAACUAAAACUGAAGCAGGUCGAAAACACAUAACUAAAUUAUUCCAAUUAUGCACCGAAUUGCAAGACACAGUACGUGAAAUAGCGGGGUUUUUUCACAUGUUGGCAAGCCAGGUCGCCCAUGUCGUCCAAUACAACAAGGUUUAUCGAAAAUCGAACAAUGAAAUACCACCCAGAAGAUCGAUUGAGAAUCUAUGCGACAUUAUGACUUAUCCCGAUGCCCCAGCGCUUGACCUAUACGCUGGUCUCCAUAUGAUAAGUUUGGUGUACUACGGUUGGACUUGCUUUGAUCACACUGAUGAAGAUGCCGUCAAACAGUUGAAGAAAACUGACAUUGACACCAUUCUUGCGGGAAGUAUGGGAAGACAAUGGACUUACCAAACUUGUACAGAAUUUGGUUACUAUCAACGUUUGAGCACGACCUCGGAUGUAUUUGGAAUUCACUUACUAUCAGAAUCAGAUGUGCAACUAUGCGAGGAAAUAUUUGGUCCAGGAUUCAAUGAAACACGACUGAAAAAUGGUAUUUAUCGAACUAAUACUAUUUAUGGAGGAAUGCAAGUAAACGUUGGAAACAUCAUAUUCGUUCACGGAUCCAGAGAUCCAUGGCAUCCUCUUGGAGUAACUCGAGUUGAGAGCGAAAAUGCUCCUUACGAGGUCGUAUUUAUCAAUGGAACCUCACAUUGCGGUGAUGUAAGCUACCAUGAUAGAAAUAUGGACGAAGUCAAAGAGGCAAGAAAGAAAAUUCAAAAAAUCAUGCAGUCCUGGUUGCAAAAUAAAUGAACCCGAAGUCCGAAGAUAUGAGAUUUGCUAUUCAAAUUAAAUAGAAGUCGAAAUGCAUUAUUUUGACUCAUUGUACCUAUGUCUAGUCUUAUCUUAAGAUAUUUCUGAUGAUUUUAAUUCUGAUGAGGAUCACUUUCGAGUUAAUUGCAUCACACACACCAACAAAAAUGUGAAAACAUGAAUAAA